AGCUCGAGGAGCAGUCAGCCGUAGUCGCCAUUUUCUCGGGUAGUCAUCGGGUCCAUCCUGUUUUUACCGCGGUGUGUGUGAUUUUUCCGGCCAAGCCUAGUAACGCCGAGAAAAUUCAGGACAAAGGUUUUUCCUCGCGCACGGCCGAGCCCAAAUGGCUUGUUUGAACACACUGAAGCAGGAGAUAAAAACCCUCGAGUCCGUCUUCCCCAAGAGCCAUGAGAGGUUUCAGAUAAUGUCUGCGAGCGUGGACGAGCUCAGCUGCAGGUUCGUCGGUAAAAAUGGGAAGAAAUACGAAAUUCACGCCAAUAUCACAGAGACGUAUCCGUCGACACCACCGGUCUGGUUCGCCGAAUCCGAGGAGACGAGCGUGACGAAUGCGGUUCAGAUUUUGAGCAACACAACAGGUCGUGACAAUCACGUGCUUAACCAGGUGGGAAUUCUCUUGAAAGAAUUAUGCCGCUUGCAUUCACUGCCAGAACCACCAGACGUUGAGCGUUUGAGAACCGCUCUCGAUCCUCUUCGAUUGGGAGCUGCAGCGUCAGUGCCACAGAGGAUGGAGGCUGAAGACACAGAGGAUCUCGAUGACGACGAAGAAAGCGAAGCAGAGGAAGACCUUCACCUCGAUAUGGACGAAGGCGAGGCCAAUGCUAAGAGCAAGGGAGAGGAAAUGGCCAUAGAACACCUUGCAACCCUUGAAAGGCUGAGACAGAACCAACGCCAAGAUUAUUUAAAGGGUUCGGUUUCCGGAAGCGUUCAAGCUACCGACAGACUUAUGAAGGAGUUGCGGGAUAUAUACCGAAGUGAUAGUUUCAAAAAAGGUAUGUACAGCAUAGAACUAGUUAACGACAGCCUGUAUGAGUGGAACAUCAAACUAAUGUGCGUGGACCCAGACUCGCCGUUGCACAACGACCUCGUCCUUCUUAAAGAAAAGGAAGGAAAAGACAGUAUUUUACUAAACAUGCUGUUCAAGGAAUCAUACCCAUUCGAACCGCCAUUUGUACGAGUAGUGCAUCCUAUUAUCUCGGGUGGUUACGUAUUACUGGGAGGUGCCAUUUGCAUGGAACUUCUAACGAAGCAGGGAUGGAGUUCGGCCUACACGGUUGAGGCCCUCAUCAUGCAAAUCUCGGCGACAUUAGUCAAGGGCAAGGCCCGUAUCCAGUUCCCCGGCUCUACAGGCAGCGGAAAAGUCUGCGGAGGACAGGGACAAUAUAGUCUUGCUCGCGCGCAACAAUCCUUUAAAUCACUAGUUCAAAUUCAUGAAAAGAACGGGUGGUUUACCCCGCCGAAGGAGGACGGCUAAUGAAACUUAAGCUUUAAAAGGCGACGACAAGACGCGCGAUUAAAAGGACUUUGAUUCGGUGUGUGCCCAAAAAUAUUAUUAACGUCAUAAAAAUUUGAUACGCAAACACCCUAUUAUCGUAGAUAAAACGCAUAAAAUUGAUGCAAAUUCAUAUAGGAAUUUUAUGAACCGCGCACGCAAAAGAAAAAAGAAUCAAUUUUAUCGUGCUUAUGCCGGGCAUAACCAAAUCAGUUGGUUUUGCAACACACGAUUCCGAAAAUGAGGUGUUCUUCAGACAUUUUUGCAGAGUGAUUUUGUUUCAAGGGGAGCAGGAGAAUAGUUUUAUAGUUCUAUAUUAGUACAAAAGCUAGAGUAUUUAUAAUAAUCGAAAGCCGGAAACAAUUUGGUCGCAUUUUCUUUUUUAUGGCAUCGAAUCGGUUUUUUUUUAGAUUUAUUCCCUUUGAAGGCUCUUUUAUCUGAAAAGUAGCUUUAUUACUUUCUCUUUUCUUCCCCGUUUGGUUAAUUAGUUCUGUAAGAUUCUGUGCAAUUAGACUCGACUGUUGUAGAUUAUCGCGAUAAAGCUCCGAUCUUCUCGGUUUCGAAUCGGAAUUUUUUUGCCUAGGAUUAGUUUAUCUUUGUGCGAGGUAGGAAAGUUGUGCCUCGCAGAUUAUUGUUUUCUGUUUUGAAAUUUAGCGCGUAAGAAAGUUUUUCGCACUCUUGACGCGAAGCUAUUGACAUUUGAACGUGAUAAACGAGAGAAGGAAAAAAAAGAUUCGUAAUAAAUAAACUUUGUAAUACGUCUUGUAAUAAAAUGUAAAAUCAUUUCUUCGAUUGUUCAAUGAUUGGCUAGGUAUUCUUAUAAUCAAUACGUUUAUGGAGUACGCGAGAGUGAUGCCUAUUCGAAUUCGAGUGAAAAUUGAAAUGCACAAGUCUAGUUCAGUGUUUGUUUUCAGUGUUUAAAGUCCUAUUUUUAAUCAAUGUGGGAUUUUUUUCUUUUAAUAGUCCUCUUUUUAAACAGAAUUUACAAUGUGAUUUAGGCACGCUGAUAAUAAUCGAUUUUUUCUUUUUCCGGCUUUGCAGGUAAGAAAGAAAUUGAGGUCGAAAGUUUUUUAUUUUCACUCGAAGAUAACAAGGUCGCAAUGUGCAAAAAGUAAAUACCAAGCUUGCAAAGGUACGCCUAGGUAAUCUACGAAAGUGUAUAUGUGACAACAAAAUUGUAAUAGAAUCGUACCUUCUUUAUCCAUUCCCAAUUUUUAAGCCCCCCCCAACCCUCGACCCUUGCCCCCCCCCUCCAAUCCUUGUCUCUCGAAUGCUCCGUUAGCGAGUCGAGAAAAUCGCGCGCUGAGUCACCGAGUAAAUGGAUGUGAUUGUAUAAAUUCUUUGUUUAUAUAAGCGAGAGGGAGAGUGUGCUUCGGAAUGAAACGAACGACGAAAUAAAAUUCAACACAAAACAUUGAAGAGAGAAAUAGAGAAAAGACUAAACGAAAAGACGAUCGCACAAGAUGGCUAGAGCGAAGAGGGGAGGCGCCCGCGUCGAAAAUUGUAAAAAUAAGCUAAAGCACAGCCUCUUCUCUUCGAUAUUGCAAUCAAUGUCGAUCUAACAAUUGCCUUCGUUAUCAUUCUGUGUUGAGUAAUCGAGCUCUCAAACAUGCCCACCCUCUAAAGUGUAGUCUCUAGGUCUUGUAUACCGUGUUAAGUGUAUCAGUACGACAUUAAUUCGUUUUUAAGUCGUCCUUUGAGGUUGGCACGUCCACCCUAAAAUCACAUCUUUGUCCGAUUCUUCACGAGGAAUUUAUUUUAUAUUUCAAUGACUGCAGCGCUAACCAAAAAGUAUUAACUCCUCUGCAGUCCCGCCAUACAACUCGUCACUCAUCUCUGAGACUAACACCUCAUUUCCAUCAUCAUUUUGUCGGCUUUUCAAAGGAUUCGUCGUUCAAAGCCUUGAUUUUCUUUUUUUUUUUGUUUAGUUAAUAAUUAAAAUGCUGUAGGACCAUUAAAUCCUUUAGGGUUUUAGAUGAUUUACGAAGUUUGAGGUUUUCUUCUCAGACGUUGUACGAGUGCCAAGGGUUUAAGGAAAUCAGAGACUAUUUUUAAUAUUUUCUAAUUGGUAUUACGAAAAUCAUUUCAAAGUGUGAAAUAUAAAGUUGAUAUUAAAAAUGUGAUUCUAGGGAAACAGAUAGAGAGAAAUGUCUCGGAACUUUCGGAUGAAACACGAUUUCUGGUUUUAGUGACGAAACUGAAUAAAACUGUUUGCCAGAAAAAGAGAAUUUUUUGUACUCUUAAGUGUCCUGCUUGUGGAAGAUUCAUCAGAGCUUGAGUGUUUGGAUAUUUUGUUUAUAUUUUCUCGUUUAUACGUAUAUAGUUGGAGUGACGAAAAAAGUAUUUUUCUGCCUCUGCUCUUUUCCUUUCCAAGACUACUGGAUAUUUCUCUCUGUAUUCCGAGGACGUCGCCCGUCCCUUGAUCUAUUUAUCUAUUACUCACCCAGAUCACCUUUAACCUAUACAUAAUUACCUUACUCAUCUAAGCAAAACUAACCAACCAAUCGUUUUCAUCAUCGAUAUUUUUAAGCUUAAGAUGACUGGGACUUCGACUCUGUUCCAAAAAUGUAUACUAUGUCAGCGUUUGAAGGUUAUAAGGUUAUGAAGUGAAUGGUGGAGAUGUAAGAGAAGAUAUGAUGAAAAAAGUCUAUAUGCGGAAAUGUAGGUUUAUUACGGUGAUGAUUAUGAUGAAGUUGAAAAAACAAAAAAAUUCUGUGUGUGAUAGAACGGAAACAUGAUAUUUUCACUCUCACUUCACGAUUCGCCAUUAGGUUAUGUUAAUUAUUAUUUAGGAGAAAGCCACGGAAAGCAACAAUAAAGAUUUUAAUAAAAAAGUGAA